UUACUAUUACAUAGUAACAUUGCCAUAUUAAACUCUACAUCAAUCCACAAACUAGAUUCAUAGAAAACAUCCCCCACCGUUAGAUCGUUACAUCCCCUAAGUGAUAUGAUAUUGAUCUACAAGAUGGGUCUGUCUUUUAAGGAUUGAUCCAAAUGUCGGAAGCAUGGAAGCAUAGUAUAGGACAAUCUUGGCGGCAACCCAUCACUACUCCAUAUCCUUUGUAUCCACCCAAAUCUCUCUCCCUCUCUCUCUAUAUAUGUUACAUUAGUAUGAUAUGAAAGUAAAGGCAAGCAACGUUUUACUCAUUAUCUUCUCACCAAAUUUAUAGCCCACAACGGAUCUUUUACUUUCUUUCUUUUGAAAUAAGUCACAUGUUCUUCAGUCUCUUCUCAUGAUAAUAUAAAGGGCAAAAGAAAAAUCUCACAAUCUUUACAAGAGUUUUUAAAAUCUCUAACCUUCAUGGACUUUCUCAAAGUUUCAGACAAGACAACAAUUCCAUAUAGAAGUGAUUCUUUGUUUAGUUUGAAUCAGCAACAAUACAAAGAGUCUUCUUUUGGAUUCAGAGACAUGGAGAUUCAUCCGCAUCCUACUCCAUAUGCAGGAAAUGGACUUUUGGGUUGUUAUUACUAUUACCCUUUCACAAACGCACAAUUGAAGGAGCUUGAGAGACAAGCAAUGAUCUACAAGUACAUGAUCGCAUCUAUUCCUGUUCCUUUCGAUCUACUUGUUUCUUCACCAUCCUCUGCCUCUCCUUGUAACAAUAAAAACAUCGCCGGAGAUUUAGAGCCGGGAAGAUGCCGGAGAACAGACGGAAAGAAAUGGAGAUGCGCGAAAGAAGUCGUCUCUAAUCACAAAUACUGUGAGAAACACUUACACAGAGGUCGUCCUCGUUCAAGAAAGCAUGUGGAACCUCCUUAUUCUCGCCCUAACAACAAUGGUGGUUCUGUGAAAAACAGAGAUCUCAAAAAGCUUCCUCAAAAGUUAUCUAGUAGUUCCAUCAAAGACAAAACACUUGAGCCAAUGGAGGUUUCAUCAUCAAUCUCAAACUAUAGAGACUCCAGAGGAAGUGAGAAAUUUACUGUAUUGGCAACAACAGAGCAAGAGAACAAGUAUCUGAAUUUCAUAGAUGUAUGGUCCGAUGGAGUAAGAUCAUCUGAAAAACAGAGUACAACUUCAACACCUGUUUCUUCUUCCAAUGGCAAUCUCUCUCUUUACUCGCUUGAUCUCUCAAUGGGAGGAAACAACUUAAUGGGCCAAGACGAAAUGGGCCUGAUACAAAUGGGCUUAGGUGUAAUCGGGUCGGGUAGUGAGGAUCAUCACGGGUAUGGUCCUUAUGGUGUGACUUCUUCACUAGAGGAGAUGUCAAGCUGGCUUGCUCCGAUGUCUACCACACCUGGUGGACCAUUAGCGGAGAUACUGAGGCCGAGUACGAAUUUGGCGAUCUCUGGUGAUAUCGAAUCGUAUAGCUUGAUGGAGACUCCCACUCCAAGCUCGUCCCCGUCUAGAGUGAUGAAGAAGAUGACUAGUUCAGUGUCCGACGAAAGCAGCCAGGUUUAGGAGUUAUGGAGUUUGGUAAUAACGACUUUUUGUUUGAGUUUUGGCCUUUCUUCAAUCUUGUGCCUGUAAACUAGUACUGUAAACAGUCACUUUGAUUAAUUAUGGAGUUAUAUUAUCAAUGCUUGUUUAGUUUUUAUUUAAUAAGUGCAUCUCCUUUUAUGAG